AUGAUGGCACUCAGCACUCAGACCCAAGCUGCCUGUCUCCUGCUUCUCCUCCUUGCCAGCCUGAGCAGCAGCACCUAUCUCCCGCAACAGAUGAGACAGACGACAGCGCUGCAGCCUUUGCACAAGGCAGAAAGCAGGAUUGACAGUGCGCUCCUGAUGCAGAAGCGAAAGAAGCGAAACACCAACCUCUCCAUCUGCGUCUUCUGCUGUAAAUGCUGUAAAAAUCCUUCCUGUGGUCUCUGUUGCAUAUCAUAG